AUGUAUGCCACGCUGGGUCCCAACUGGAGGGUCCCAGUACGAAACUCACCCAGAAGUCGCAGCUGUGUGUACAGCUCCUCACGUUCCGAAAGAUCCAGUGCUUGGAUACAGACUGGAGUAGCUGGGAGUCGCCCUACAGCAGCAUGCAGUUGCAUUUUGGGAAGUUCAUCUGGUGUUAUCGCAAUGGAAGGACCACUUAGAAGAAAAACAUUACUCAAAGAAGGGAAGAAGCCAACACUGACCUCCUGGACACGUUACUGGGUGACCCUUACAGGGUCUACCCUUCUGUAUUUCGGGGCCAAAUCUUUACGGGGUAAUGAAAGGAAAAAUGUGAGUAUUUGUUGUUAA